AUGCAUUCGACUUCGCUUCUCGUUGCUGCUUUCGCCGCCAUCGCGGCUGCCUCUCCCAUGGGCUCUUCCGCCUACAGCUCGGCCAACACAGCUUACCCAACCACCACUGGUGGAUACUCCAUGACCACCAGCUACGUUGAAACUGGAUACUCCACCGCCAGUGAAAAGGGAUCUUCCACCGUCAGUGAAAAGGGAUACCCCACCGCCAUUGGAAACCCAACUGCUAGCCCCAACCCAACCCCCACUGACGGUGUCAUUGCUAAGCUCCUCACUGAGGCCAACACCGUCAGCCGGUUCAUGGAUAUCCAGAAGGAAAUCGAAGCCGGCGACCUCAGCCUCAAGUUCGACUUCAACCCGGCUGCCAACCCCGGUGCCACCGUCGGCCUCGGUGGUCAGGUCGACCUGGCCCAACGCGCCAACUUCCCCAUCCUCACUGGCCUGGGUAUCUCUGCCGCCGGUAUCUUCUUCAACCCCUGCGGUUUGAACACUCCUCACAUCCACCCUCGCGCCACUGAAUUCUUGACCCUCGUCACCGACACCAAGAUGUUGAGUGGCUUUGUCUUGGAGAACGGCUUCACCACCGAGCUCAACACUACCCUGACUCAAUUCCAAGGCACUGUUUUCCCUCAAGGUUCGAUCCACUUCCAACAGAACCUCGACUGCAAGCCGGCGGUCGCCAUCGCUGGCCUCAACUCUGAGGAUCCCGGUGCCAGCUCCGUCGCCCAGAACUUCCUGGUCAAUAUUGACCCCGAAAUUGUUGAUGCCACCCUCGGCUUCCCCAAGCAGAUCGACGCUGACAACUUCGCUCAAUUCAAGGAGAACAUCCCCGUCUCUUUGGCCAAGGGUGUUGAGGAGUGCUUGAUCCGCUGCAAUAUCCCUUACUAA